UCAAAUACACCGGUCUCGGAAACGGGACAUUCAGGGAUAAGGACGGCGAUUUGAAAUGACCUUAUACUUUGGAUUUAUGUUACAGCGUUAGACAUGUUUACGUAAGAACACACACGUUUAUAGACAGAAUGUAAUUCGUGGCUUAUAGAAAACUCCAACUGACUGUUAUGUAGCAUAGUGGCCGGACGGGAUUGCUAACUUACAGUUCCACCAGUUCACCCGACAGUAUCUAAGCUUUUAGGUGGUGAAAGAUGAGUCAUUUGAGACGCGUCGUGUCCUGCGGGCGCUUGUUUCGCCACAGUAAAGUACCACGUGUGAACACAGCGGUUUGCUGCCACGGGAGUCCGAAUGGACCGGUCAGUACGACCACACGCAGCAUGACUGUAAUGCCCGCCUGGGUCAUUGACAAAUAUGGAAGCAAUGAAGCCUUGCGCUUCACCAAAAAUGCCGGUUUCCCCGUCAUCAACUACCCCAAUGAGGUCAUUGUCCGAGUGCAUUCAGCGGGACUGAACCCGCUUGACGUCCGCAUGAGAGAUGGCUACGGGUCCGCGAGCCUGUCAAUGAAGAGAGACCCUCUGAAUAUCAAGUCCAGCAGCGAGUUCCCCCUCAUCCUGGGGAGGGACGUGUCCGGGGUCAUCAUGGAGUGCGGCCUGGACGUGAAGUACUUCAGAGAGUGGGAUGAGGUGUGGGCGGCCAUCCCACCGUGGAAGCAGGGCAGCUUGGCUGAGUUCGUGGUGCUGAGUGCCAACGAGGUAUCCCACAAACCAAAGUCCAUGAGCCACAGAGAGGCAGCAGCCGUUCCCUAUGCGGCAUCCACUGCCUGGUCGGCACUGGUCAACACUGGUGGGCUCAGUAAGGACAACUGUGCCAAGAAGCGGAUUUUGAUCCUCGGAGGGUCCGGGGGAGUGGGAACGUUUGCUAUACAGAUGCUGAAGGCCUGGGGAGCCCACGUGACCGUUACCUGCUCCCAGAAUGCAGAGCUGUUUGUGAGGGGCCUGGGGGCGGACCACGUGGUGGACUACACCGCCGGGCCCGUCGAGGAGCCGCUCGGUGCGCUGGAGAAAUUCGACCUGAUCCUGGAUAACGUUGGGGGAGACACGGAGCGCUGGGCGCUGACUCUGCUAAAACCUUGGUGUGGCGCCAAGUUUGUCACCCUUGUCACACCGUUCCUCCAGAACACCGACAGGCUGGGCAUUGCUGACGGCAUGAUGCAGAAUGCCGCCACGGUGGCCACCAAAGCCCUCAAGCACCUAGUCAAAGGCGUUCACUACCGCUGGGGGUUCUUUGUACCUAGCGGCCCUGUCUUGGAUGAAAUAAGGGAAAUGGUGGAUGCAGGACAGAUUCGGACUGUGGUGGAGGACACUUUCUGCUUUUCCCAGGUUCCUGAGGCCUUCGAGAAGAUGGAGAAGGGUCAUGCUCGCGGAAAGACAGUGGUGCAGAUCAGCAAAUAGGGAGAAGACGUAUAGCACUGUCUAGAAAAGUUUUUUUUCUUUUCUUACUGGCUUGGAAAAUAAAAUUAUCUGAUAAAAAUUCUGUGAUAAUUUACAAUUAAUUUUUUUUGUUUUUUAAAGGAGCAAUUAGUCAAGUUUGACCAUGUAAAAUAGGAGUAAUCCCACAUACACAUUUACACCCAUCUUAAACUAAUUAUAAUAAAACAACCCUGCAAUAAAUCCUAUACCUUCAUGACAGUUAUCAUUGAAAUGAAAAUGUAUGUGAAGUGUGAACCAUCAACUGUCAAAGAAAUAUAACAAAUGUCUAUUCUUCUACUAUGAUACUUUGUGUGGCAUACUUUACUUUGAAAUUUGUAUGGCUUUUUAUCACACAUGAUAAUGGGAUAUUUUGUAUGAUGUAUUUAUGGCAUACUAUAUUAUUACUAUAUUAUAUAAUGAUGCCAUUAUUUUAAUGACUGCUCCUCCAGUGUUUUGUGUGAGAAUGGAGAUGCAAAAACAACCAAUAUAUUACGGACACAAUCAUUUAAUUAUGAAAAUCAUGUAAUUUGACUGUUGCAGCUGUAAACAGGAGAUCAUGUUUUUUAGGCCCACCUCUACUCACCUUGAUGUCAUCGUCUCCAUUCAGUCUGCUGCUCCUCUCCAACACCUUGUAUCUUUACUCUGAGAACCAACGAAGAAGACAAAGGAGCUCCUUUUAAUGCGCUUCAAUGUCAGAUUCAGGUUUUCUAAACAUUGUAUUCAUUCAUUCACCUUCUCUCUUCUCUGUUGUCCUUGACACUUGUUGUAUUUGGCGGCAUGAAAAGUCUCAGAGUGGCAACAAACGUUAUAUUCUUCAUCCUACAAUAUAACAUUGUAUUAUAUUGUAAAUAAACAUCAUACGAACU